UGCAGAUUUGUAUACAUAAAAGAAGAUAAAGCGUUAUCUUGCUGAUAUCAUUAAUCAAAAGGAUAAACCGAGAAACUGAUCUGAUUGAUUAACGAAUUUCGUAUCUGACUUUUUACGAUCAAUCAAUCGACAUUACGCCUUCUUCGGAUAAUAAAUAAAUUUUUCGUCGUGAAGAUCAUGUAUAGAUUCACGGUGCCUGCACCGGGCACGGUGGUUUUAUGUGGAGACCGUAAACAAACAUGCGUAGCAGCCAGCUUAGACAUGCGUACCGUACUUAAAUUCUCUUCAUUUCCUACAAAUGUAGUUCGACAAGACUUUAUGGAAAUAAAAGUUUCCAGUAUCGGAUUACGCAUGAAGAUACCUUUACGCGUAUUUCUUUUACAUUUUUAUGGUGUAAAUUCCUGUGAAGCACUUGAUGAAUUGAAGUUGUUUGAAUCAGUGAAAAAUUUUACUACAUUUUUGACGGGCUUUUCCGGCAAUUAUAAUCCCAACAAUCACGCACAUCGGUUAAGCGUACAAGCUUUUAUUUUUCUACUCGUUCUCAUUAGCUACAAAAAAGGCAUCGCUAUAAAAUCAUCUUUCGUUGUAAAAGUUUUAUCGGAAUUACCGAUUGAUGAGGAUCUAGGCUGUUCGUCCUCGUUUGUGGUAUGUCUAGCGGCAUGUUUUCGGCGUUGGUUUCUCCUGCAGCAAGGAACGGUCCGCUACAUAUUUAAUGCUCAUGAUAUUUCACUUAUCAUGAAAUAUGCUUUCUUGUGUGAACAUGUUGUAUACAAGUCCGUCAAUCUAAACAACAUCACAAUAUCUACGGGUGGCAAGAUAAGAAUAUUUGAAAAGGAGAAAGUGAUGUCAAACAUUUUCUUUAAAAAUGUGCCGAGCAUGAAAAUCCUGCUGGUCUUUUCGAAUGUUAGCAAGGAAAGCAUGAAAACGGUAGAGUGUUUAUCUUCUACCGCUGAUUUCAUUCUACAUACUCUCGAAAUUUUGUCGAACAAAUUUAUUGAAACCCUUAAGAGAAUUGAUGAUGUUAUUGACUCACAACAACGGAAUGUCAUUGAAAGUAAUUCAGAUUGUCUUAUGAACUAUUAUAAGGAUUUAACGGUAAGUCUCAUUUUACGAAUUUCGAUAUAA